AAUAGCUCCCUCCCUAUACAUCCCUCCCCCCCGCCUAUACUCCCCCUACCACUCCCUAUACCACCUUCCUACCCACCCCCCAACCCCUCCCCAUACAUCCCGCCCCCCAUACAUCCCGCCCCCCCAAUACCCUUUCAUACCCCCAAUGCCCCCCGGCCCCUCCCUCUCUCUGGCCCCGCCCCCCGCGCGCUCCCGCCGCCCCCGCGCCCCGCCCGGCCGCGCUCCCGCCGCUCCCCCCGCGCUCGCCCCGCGCCCCCCCCCGCGCUCCUCCGCAGUCCGGCGCAGCCCCGGCCGGGAGAAGAUGGCGGAUCGCGCCGAGAUGUUCUCGCUCUCCACCUUCCACUCGCUCUCCCCGCCUGGCUGCAGGCCCCCCCAGGACAUCAGUUUGGAGGAGUUUGAUGACGAGGACCUAUCGGAGAUCACAGAUGACUGCGGCAUUGGGCUGAACUACGACUCGGACCACUAUGAGAAGGACUGCCUGGUGCUGGAGCGCGGCGAGCAGCCGCAUCCGGUCUGCACCUUCCAGGAUGACUUCCAGGAGUUUGAGAUGAUUGACGACAACGAGGAGGAGGAAGAGGAGGAAGAGGAGGAGGAGGGCAAUGAGCUGGAAGCUCCACCGUCCCCUUUGGCCUCACCUAUCCCCUCACCCAGCCUGGAGGAGACACAGAAGCACCGACCCACCACCCUCAACCUGAUGGCCCCAGGCACACAGGACUCCCUAAACAACAACGGCAGCUUCCCGCCGCCCGCUCACCGCACCAGCUGGCAGGAUGCCCUUCUCCACUCCUCCUCCUCCUCCUCUUCCUCACACACUGGACACUCGUCCCCCCACGCCUGCAUCCAAGAGGGACCCUGCCCGGAAAGCCCGAAGGGGCCGAGCGCAGGGGCUGGGCAGGCCCCCGCCCCACUGCAGCCCAACCCCUUGGACUCGCAAGGCAACAGCCACGAGUCCCUGGCACAUGGUAACCCAUCGCCCCCAAGAGCUGGGGCAGAUCAUAACAUGAAUCUCAUCUCUGCUGCGCUCCGAGCUCCGCACUCCCCGUCGCGCCUCCACCAGCUGCCCCCUUAUCAGUGUCUCUCUCCAACAGGGCCUGCGGCUCCUCCCAGCCCCGCCGCAGUCUCGCCAUUGCUCGCCGAUGGCCACCGCGUCCCGCCAAGGCACCAAGCGUCCGGUGCCUGGGAGAGGCCGGUGCCUGGCGAAGGGGGGAGCCCGGGGUUCCCCACAGCCCCCCACCAGCAGCCCAGCUCCCCACAGCUGCAGGAGGAGCCAGUGGCUGUGGCCGAGCGACACGACGGGUGCUCCAGUGCCUACGUGUGCACUGUGGGGCCGGCGGAGGCGCUCAGCUCCGAUGGGGAGGGCGCCCAAUCUGGCCGGGCCGCCAGUGUGCGCGGGCACCCCUCAGGCUCCUCAGAGACCACGUCACCCUCCUCGGACCCCGGCAUCGAGGCUGACCUCACCAGCAGGACCACCAAACCCUUCCUGCCCGGCGGCCGGCACGGAGAAGACCUGAGCUCACCUGGCUCCGACUCAGACGUGGAGGGGGAGAUCGAGGCGGCCUUCGCCGGUGGGCGCCUGGUCAGCAACAUGAUCUCCUCCAUCUCAGAGACGGAGCUGGACCUGAGCAGUGACAGCAGCAGUGGCAGGUCCUCCCACCUCACCAACUCCAUUGAGGAGGCCAGUUCGCCCACCUCGGAGGCUGAGCUGGAGACAGAGCUGGAGGCCCCUGGCUUGAUGGGCAUUAAGGACUCCCUGCUGCUGGACAAGGGCAAGGAGGAGGAGGAGACCCUGGAGAGGGAGAUCCCAGAGCACGGCGUGGUGCGGCGGGAGAGCCUGGCUGAGCUGAAAAUGGAGGGCUACUAUGACAGCCUGAACCCAGAGGACUCCUCCGUGCCUGCCGGCCAGACUGAUGUCUCCACCUCCAGCCCCCUGGACCUGAAGAUUGACCCAGACCACAGCUUGGAGAGCAUCCGACGCUCCUUCUACCUGCCUGUGGGGCCUAAGCUGAUGCCCGAGGCAGAUGAGGAUGACAACAGUGAGUACGACUCCGACUCAGAGUCGGAGCCCGACCUGAGUGAGGACUCAGACUCGCCGUGGCUGCUCAGCAACCUCGUCAACAAGAUGAUCUCGGAGGGCUCUUACCCCAUCAAGUGCCCCGACGAGUGCUUCCAGCAGGCCCACUCACUCUGCGACACCAUCUCCCCAGCCUCCGACCUGGAGCCUGAGAUCCUGAGCGAGGCACUGGACGGGGACCCCAGCUCACAGGCCUCCCCGGGGGACACAGCCGCGCUGCCCCACUGCCAGCGCGCCAUUGAGCUGGUGGACAUGGAGACGCUGCGCAGCUCCCUGCAGCGUGCUGAGGAUGACGAGCGGGCUCUGGCUGCCACCACGACAGAGCCGGUGCCAGAGCUGCCUGCCGAUGACACAGGGCCCUUCCUCUUCCUGAGCAACCCCACCAACGACACCAUUGCACCUGUCUUCCCGGGGCGCCCUGUCACCCUUGACAGGUUGGGCUCCUCUGAGGUCCUGGCCACCUUUGGCUGCCACAGCCCUCGAUGCACCUCGCCUGGCACCAGGGAGCAGCACCCUGCUACGACAUCGCUGGCCGCCAGCCCAGGGGACUGGGCCAUCGAGAGGGACCUGGACUCGGGUGUGCUGGAGGCCGAUGACAUGAUUGAUGACAUCCGGUUAGUAACCCGGGGGCAGAGCCCCAGUGCCGGCCCACCCGACCUGGAUGUCUCCACUGCCAAGACCAACCGCGGCUUCACCAUGGCCUACUCUACGGACGAGGACGAGGGACCCUACCUGAAGGGCUCGCCCUUUGCCGAGGACCCACUGCCACUGGACCCCGGGGCGCUGGAGCCGCGGGCACUGGACGAGUCCCUGGCCUAUGACUCUGUGAAGUACACGCUGGUGGUGGAUGAGCACACGCAGCUGGAGCUGGUGAGCCUGAGGCGCUGCACCUCGGUACUGAGUGACGACAGCGACCUGCUCCGUGCCUGCGACCGCUGCGACCUGGAGGACGAGGCGGCCUUCAGGGACGGGCUGGUGGCCCCCGAUGGCCACAGCUCGUCCGAGGACUCGUCCCCCGAGGCUGACCUGCAGUUCUCCAAGAAGUUCCUCAACGUCUUUGUCAACAGCACCUCCCGCUCCUCCAGCACAGAGUCCUUCGGGCUGUUCUCCUGCAUGGUGAAUGGGGAGGAGCGGGAGCAAACCCACCGGGCUGUCUUCAGGUUUAUCCCACGCCACGAGGAUGAGCUGGAGCUGGAUGUGGACGACCCCAUCCUGGUGGAGUUGGAGGAGGAUGACUACUGGUACCGGGGCUACAACAUGCGGACAGGGGAGAGGGGCAUCUUCCCAGCCUUCUACGCCCACGAGGUCAUUGGCCAAGCCAGGGAUGCCAUUGGCCUCAAGAGGAACCCGUGUUGGGUGGAGCGGUUUAACGUGCAGUUCCUGGGCUCAGUGGAGGUGCCGUACCACCAGGGCAAUGGCAUCCUCUGUGCCGCCAUGCAGAAGAUUGCCACCACUAGGAAGCUGACGGUGCAUCUGCGCCCGCCGGCCAGCUGUGACCUGGAGAUCACGCUGCAGGGCAUCAAGCUCAUUCUGACCGUCACUGAGUACAGCCGGGACGAGGAGUUUGAGCGCUGCAGCCACUUCUUUCAGAUGAAGAACAUCUCCUUCUGUGGGUGCCACCCCCGGAACAGCUGUUACUUCGGGUUCAUCACCAAGCACCCGGUGCUGAGCCGCUUUGCCUGCCACGUAUUCGUCUCCCAGGAAUCCAUGCGGCACGUGGCCGAGUGCGUCGGCCGAGCGUUUCAGGAAUAUUACCAGGAGCACCUGGAGUACGCCUGCCCCACAGAAGACAUCUACCUGGAGUAAGGGGGCAGCUGCUGCCUUUCCUGCUUCCGCCCCCCCCUCAGCCCCACAGACGGCCAGAGACUCUGUCUGACCCCCAACCAGUUGCCUUGGCCCCCCCCGCACAUGCUCCAGCCCCAUGGGCUCCCCCCACAUCCUCACUGCUUCUCGGGGGGCUGGGGGCCCAGCUGUCCACCACGGCUGGGUGUCGGGGGUGCCUCCAGCACCACCCCAGCCACGGGGGUGCUGCAGCCAAGCUGCGGCGCUGGGGGAGAAGCUGGCCCCCCUGCAUGAGUGAAGCCAGCCCGGGGGGGGCCACAAGAGCAGGGACGAGCUGUGCCCCCGCCGCAGGGAUGGAGACACUGGGGGUGAAUGGGGUUGGGGGGAUUCAAGGGGGUGAAUGGGGCUUGGAGGGGAUUAUGGGGGGGGCUGGGGUGAGCAUCUCCAGCCAUGAACCCCCCCUGUCCAUGCUGUCCCCCUGCAUAGCAGCAGCGGCACCUCCCACCCCUGGAACAGCCCCCCAAGAACAGCCCCAGCCCCUCCAUGACCUGUGGGGGGACCCUGGUAUAGCCCCUCCUGCCCCAGUCCCUCCACCAGUGCCCCCAGCCCCUGCCCACCACUAUCCCACCGCCCAUGGGGCACAGGACCCCCUGCUUGGGCUGUACUCACCCAGCGAGAGGCAGGCUCAGGGCGGUGCUGGAGCCUGGCCAGUGUGGCAGAGGGCCGGUGGCCACCCUCGCCCCUUGCUGCUGUGCCUGGUGGUGGUUUCCUUUGCUUGCUGGCCCCAUGUGUCCAUCCGCCCAGCGCUCAAUGUGACGGUGACUCCACGCGCUCGAUGUCCCGGUAUUUAUCUCCUAACUCCAAGACCAGGAGGAGCCCUGAGCAGCUGCCACUUGCCCAAACCCUGGUUCCAGGUUCUCUCCCCUCACCGCCUUGUCAUCACCCACUUGGUCUUUCAAUAAAGUAUAUGCUUGGUGUGA